AUGGUCUCCCAGGCCCUCAGGCUCCUCUGCCUUCUGCUUGGGCUUCAGGGCUGCCUGGCUGCAGGUGGGGUCGCUGAGGCCUCAGGAGGAGAAACACGGGACAUGCCGUGGAAGCCGGGGCCUCAUAGAGUCUUCAUAACCCAGGAGGAAGCCCACGGCGUCCUGCAUAGGCGCCGGCGCGCCAACACGUUCCUGGAGGAGCUGCGGCCGGGCUCCCUGGAGAGGGAGUGCAAGGAGGAGCAGUGCUCCUUCGAGGAGGCCCGGGAGAUCUUCAAGGACCUGGAGAGGACGAAGCUGUUCUGGAUUUCUUACAGUGAUGGGGACCAGUGUGCCUCAAGUCCAUGCCAGAAUGGGGGCUCCUGCAAGGACCAGCUCCAGUCCUAUAUCUGCUUCUGCCUCCCUGCCUUCAAGGGCCGGAACUGUGAGACGUACAAGGAUGACCAGCUGAUCUGCGUGAACGAGAACGGCGGCUGUGAGCAGUACUGCAGUGACCACACGGGCGCCAAGCGCUCCUGUCAGUGCCACGAGGGGUACUCUCUGCUGGCAGACGGGGUGUCCUGCACACCCACAGUUGAAUAUCCAUGUGGAAAAAUACCUAUUCUAGAAAAAAGAAAUGCCAGCAAACCCCAAGGCCGAAUUGUGGGGGGCAAGGUGUGCCCCAAAGGGGAGUGUCCAUGGCAGGUCCUGUUGUUGGUGAAUGGAGCUCAGUUGUGUGGGGGGACCCUGAUCAACACCAUCUGGGUGGUCUCCGCGGCCCACUGUUUCGACAAAAUCAAGAACUGGAGGAACCUGAUCGCGGUGCUGGGCGAGCACGACCUCAGCGAGCAUGACGGGGACGAGCAGAGCCGGCGGGUGGCGCAGGUCAUCAUCCCCAGCAUGUACGUCCCGGGCACCACCAACCAUGACAUCGCGCUGCUCCGCCUGCACCAGCCCGUAGUCCUCACUGACCAUGUGGUGCCCCUCUGCCUGCCCGAACGGACGUUCUCCGAGAGGACGCUGGCCUUUGUGCGCUUCUCAUUGGUCAGCGGCUGGGGUCAGCUGCUGGACCGUGGCGCCACGGCCCUGGAGCUCAUGGUCCUCAACGUGCCCCGGCUGAUGACCCAGGACUGCCUGCAGCAGUCACGGAAAGUGGGAGACUCCCCAAAUAUCACGGAGUACAUGUUCUGUGCCGGCUACUCGGAUGGCAGCAAGGACUCCUGCAAGGGGGACAGUGGAGGCCCACAUGCUACCCACUACCGGGGCACGUGGUACCUGACGGGCAUCGUCAGCUGGGGCCAGGGCUGCGCAGCCGUGGGCCACUUUGGGGUGUACACCAGGGUCUCCCAGUACAUCGAGUGGCUGCAAAAGCUCAUGCGCUCAGAGCCACGCCCAGGAGUCCUCCUGCGAGCCCCAUUUCCCUAGCCCAGCAGCCCUGCCCUGUGGAGAGAAAGCCAAGGCUGCGUAGAACUGUCCUGGCACCAAAUCCCAUAUAUUCUUCUGCAGUUCAUGGGGUAGAGGAGGGCAUGGGAGGGAGGGAGAGGUGGGGAGGGAGACAGAGACAGAAACAGAGAGACAAAGAGACAGAGAGAGACGGAGGGAGACACUCUGAGGACAUGGAGAGAGACUCAAAGAGACUCCAAGAUUCAAAGAGACUAAUAGAGACACAGAGAUGGAAUAGAAAAGAUGAGAGGCAGAGGCAGACAGGCGCUGGACAGAGGGGCAGGGGAAUGCCAAGGUUGUCCUGGAGGCAGACAGCCCAGCUGAGCCUCCUUAUCUCCCUUCAGCCAAGCCCACCUGCACAUGAUCUGCUGGCCUCAGGCUGCUGCUCUGCCUUCAUUGCUGGAGACAGUAGAGGCAUGAACACACAUGGAUGCACACACACACGCCAAUGCACACACAGAGAUAUGCACACACACGGAUGCACACACAGAUGGUCACACAGAGAUACACAAACACACCGAUGCACACGCACAUAGAGAUAUGCACACACAGAUGCACACACAGAUAUGCACAUGGAUGCACGCACACACCAAUGCACGCACACAUCAAUGCACACGGAUGCACAGAGAUAUGCACACACCGAUGUGCGCACACACAGAUAUGCACACACAUGGAUGAGCACACACACACCAAUGCGCACACACACCGAUGUACACACACAGAUGCACACACACGGAUGCACACACACCGAUGCUGACUCCAUGUGUGCUGUCCUCUGAAGGCAGUUGUUUAGCUCUUACUUUUCUCGUUCUUAUCCAUUAUCAUCUUCACUUCAGACAAUUCAGAAGCAUCACCACGCAUGGUGGCGAAUGCCCCCAAACUCUCCCCCAAAGGUAUUUCUCCCUACGCUGGGUGCUGGGCUGCACAGACUAUUCCCCACCUGCUUCCCAGCUUCACAAUAAACGGCUGCGUCUCCUCCACACACCUGUGGUGACUGCCACCCACUGGGUUGCCCACGAUUCAUUUUUGGAGCCCCCGGUGCUCAUCCUCUGAGAUGCUCUUUUCUUUCACAAUUUUCAGCAUCACUGAAAUGAACCCUCACAUGGAAGCUAUUUUUUAAAAACAAAAGCUGUUUGAUAGGUGUUUGAGGCUGUAGCUCCCAGGAUCCUGUGGAAUUGGAUGUUCUCUCCCUGCCACAGCCCUUGUUAAUGAUAUUUCGCAGAGACCCUGGGAGCACCUGCUCAAGAAUCAGGGACACACACAUCACCAAAUGCAAGUUCCCAGGCCCUGGCUGCAGUGGGAGGACCUGGCAAGCUGCACUCUUGCUGAGUCCCCAGGGUGGUGAAAGAAGAAUGAGAAACACAUGAACAGAGAAAUGGGGAGGUGACAGACAGUGCCCCCACUCAGACUCCGGCAAGCACAGCUCAGAGAGUGGACUCGAUGCCAUCCCUGCAGGGCCGUCCUGGGCACCAGUGGCACUCACAGCAGCAAGGUGGGCACCAGUGGCACUCACAGCAGCAAGGCAGGCACCAGCAACCCACCUCGGGGGCACUCAGGCAGCAUCUACUUCAGAGCAGACAGGGUCUGUGAACUACAGCCAUGGGCUGCUUCCAAGGCACCCUGCUCUUGUAGAUAAAGUUUUAUGGGAACACA